CCCUCCGCACGCUCCCGCAGUCCUGCGUGAGGAGGCGAAGGCGCCUCAGCGCCUCCGCCCUCAGCGCCGCACCCCCGCGGUCUCGCGGCCUCGAGCGCCCCGCCAGCCCCAAGGGCCGCGACGCGGGACUCUUGGGAAGCCAAAAUGCGACAUAAUCAGAUGUGUUGUGAGACACCACCUACUGUCACUGUUCAUGUAAAAUCAGGUUCAAAUAGAUCACAUCAAACUAGAAAACCUAUUAAUCUGAAGCGUCCUAUUCUUAAAGAUAGUUGGCAAGCAUCUGAAAAAAAUGCACAUAAUAACAAAUCUAAGCGGCCCAAAGGACCCUGUCUAAUUAUACAGCGUCAGGAAAUGACUGCUUUCUUUAAAUUAUUUGAUGACGAUUUAAUUCAAGAUUUCCUGUGGAUGGACUGCUGCUGUAAAAUUGCAGACAAGUAUCUUUUGGCUAUGACCUUUGUUUAUUUCAAGAGAGCUAAAUUUACUAUAAAUGAGCAUACCAGGAUAAAUUUCUUUAUUGCUCUGUACCUGGCUAAUACAGUUGAAGAAGAUGAAGAAGAAGCCAAGUAUGAAAUUUUUCCAUGGGCUUUAGGGAAAAACUGGAGAAAAUUGUUUCCUAAUUUCUUAAAGUUAAGGGACCAACUCUGGGACAGAAUUGACUAUAGGGCCAUUGUGAGCAGGCGGUGCUGUGAAGAGGUUAUGGCCAUUGCACCAACCCAUUACAUCUGGCAACGAGAGCGCUCUGUGCAUCACAGUGGAGCUAUUAGGAACUACAACAGAGAUGAAGUCCAUCUGCCCCGGGGUCCUAGUGCCACACCAGUAGAUUGUUUACUGUGUGGUAAAAAAGGAAGAUAUGUGAGACUGGGACUGUCUUCAUCGUCAUCUUCAUCGAGUGACACAGUAGAGCUAAUGGAAAAAAAUUCUCAGGAAUUACACAAUUCAUUAUCAGUGGACAUGAUAGGUGAACCUUCUCAAGCUAAUAGCUAUUCACAAGUAGCCAAUGACCAUCAAUCAAACAAAGAAAAGGGAACUAAUGUUAUGAAGAAAGACAAAGCUAUGGAGUGGUUUACAGGAAGUGAAGAAUGACAUGGUUCAACUAAAGCAACCUGGAAUCAUUAGCUACAAAAUGUCAAACUAAAUGCAAGACAAUGUCAAAAUGGGUCGUUACAUAGUUAUACAAUGUUCUUUAGCUUUUGUUAUUUUUCAAACAUAUGUAAAAGUUAUACAAAUAGUAACAACUAAAAGUACCAAUUUAUGACAGUGAUUGAUAAUAUAAAGUUGUAAUUGGAUACUUCUCUGCCUUCAAAUUGAUUGCUUUCAUCUCAAGUAUUCACUUCACCUGUGGCUUGACCUGCCUCAACCUGACAAGAAAAGCUAGUUUAAAAGAGAAAACAAUUAAGGUCAUAACACAGCAUUAGUUAAAAGGAAGAAGUAUUUAAUAUGUUCCAAAAACAUUACUAACAUGGGUGACCAGUCUAGCAAUACAGGGACAUGUUCUGUAUAGAAAACUAGAAUGUGAUUCUUCUGUGACAGAACAAAAUGCAUACUACACUGUAUAAGUGUUUCAUAAUUUGUUCACAAAAAGUAUUGAAAUAUUAAACCCUGUCCUUUUCCUGUAAGCUCUUUUCUUUUUCUUGUUUGCAUUUGUUUUAGAGCUAUGUUGUUAGCCAGAAUACAGAAACAUUUGCCAGUGAUCACAUAGUAUCCUUACAGAUAAUCUAGCUUAUACCCAAAUGGCUAAACCUGUUUCAGAAAUCAAUACAUCUGAAACCAUUUCCACAGCCUAAUAACGCACACAUACAAGGACCUAAACUUGCUUCCUGGAAGAACUCCAGAAGCACUUUAGGACUUACAUUUUGCAAUUAAUUAACAGAAUAGAAAAACACUACAUUGCAGUUGCUGUACCAAACAAAAACCAACAAUCCCUGAAGAGUAUCUGAUAAUUAUGUGAGUGUAUUAUUGUGUGAAUAUGCUGGUCAACAUACUUAAGAAUCUACAAUACUAUCAAAAACACAAGCAUAAAAUAAAGCUGAAGCUCACCAUCGUUCUCCUCUUGAAACACUUCAUUUCCAAUUUCUUUUUGAGAAUGUAAUUGUAAAUCUGUGUUGAUUUUGACCUGACUUUUGGAGACUGAAUUCCACUUCUCUGUUUUGUAAGGCACACCAAUCAAUCUCUGACUGACUUCACUUAUCUGUUCACAUGAGAGAGCAAGUUCACCGGUUCGAAUCACAUCCAAAAGUUCAAUAACCUAUGUGAUGCUUUCAGAAACGUGAAAUUGUAGGGAAGAACUAUUUCAUCUUUUUUAACUAUGGAUGAGGUUCAGUCUUCCAUGUGUGUGUAUAAAUGUCUGUAUAUGUUCCUGGAGAGUACACCCGUGCAGGUGAAGGUCAGGGGUUGACACUGGGUGUCCUCCUCUACUGCCCUCCACCUAUUUUCUGAGACAAGGUCUCUUCACUGAACCUGGAGCUCACUGCUUCUAUUAGACUGGCUGUGGGCUCUGGAGAUCAUGUCUUCCCUGGUCCAUGACCUCCUUUAGUUACUCUAAUCUUACAUGCUUUGGAUAAAAAUAAGCUCAUUUCACCAUAGCCUGAGUCUGUUUCCAAAACAGUGUCCCCUGGGUUGAUGCCCAUCAUCAGUAGAUCAUUUAUAUCCUAUGACGGAAUACAGUGUGAAUGACUCAUAAAUACCUGUCAAGACCCAUUCUUAUACACCAAUGUCAGGGAAAAAAUAAAAAAUGAAUCAAAAGUGGAUUGGACUCUGGCCCUGCCCAAGAACUAACAUUUUGCUUAAUAA